GACCUCUCUCCCGUCACGUAAAAGUAAUUCGAUCGCGGUGCUGAGCAAUGUCGUCGGAGCCGAAAGCGGUCUUGUGUUCCCUGAGCAGCCCUCGGGCCGCAUCGACCGGGUCGGAUGUUCCACGGCGGCCCAUUUUAAAGACGAUGAGUUCUCGACCGCAGCUCUACAAUUUCCACGGAGUCGCGAUGACUCACUGUGUCACCGACAACUGGGAGAAGGUGAAAAACUUUCAGGCCAGACCAGACGACAUACUCGUUGCGACAUACCCGAAAGCAGGAACUACGUGGGUCUCCUACAUCCUUGACCUGCUGUAUUUUGGGCACCUACCUCCAGAACGUCAGACGUCCAUCCCCGUCUUUGAACGAGUUCCUUUUUUGGAGAUAGCGGUCUCUUCUGUGGUUUCAGGAACAGAGCUGGCAGACAAGCUGCCCACCUCCCCUCGGCUCAUUAAGACUCACCUCCCGGUUCAGUUGGUGCCUCAGUCGUUUUGGGAGCACAAUUGUCGGGUGGUGUAUGUGGCGCGCAACGCAAAGGACAACAUGGUAUCAUUUUACCACUUUGAUCGCAUGAAUCAGUUGCAACCGGAGCCGGGAGAAUGGAGCAACUACUUCCAGAGGUUCCUGGAUGGACAGAUGUUGUAUGGGUCGUGGUAUGACCAUGUGGGAAACUGGUGGAAUAAGACAAAGACCUAUCCCAAACUUCAUUAUAUGUUCUAUGAAGAUAUAGCAGAGGACACUGAGAGGGAAAUAGACAAACUUUGCUCCUUCCUCGGGUUAUCUCCGUCAGCUGAAGAUAAGAAGACCAUCAUUGAACUGGUGCACUUUGACAAUAUGAAGAACAAUGAGAUGACCAACUGUUCCAAACGCCCGUUCUUUGAUUUCUCAAUUUCUCCCUUCUUGAGGAAAGGAAAAGUUGGUGACUGGAAGACCCACUUCACUGUUGCCCAGAAUGAAGCGUUCGACAAGGACUACGAGAGCAAGAUGAAGGAUCUGACACUCCGGUUUCGCACCGAAAUUUAAACUGGGCCUGGUGUAUUGUAGGUCUCUUAUGAUGAAGGGGAUGUUUUGAAAUUCAAAGCAAUGGAAUCUGAAAUGUAAAAGCAGCAGAGUGAUUUUAACUUUUUGUUGCCCCUUUUUAACACCACUCUGGGCAACCGCCCAAAUUGCCCAACGCAAAAACAAAUAUUGUGAGAGCAUGUGACCCCUUGGAGAGUUUGUGCUGUGAAAUCAGGGGUCAGGAUCGGAAAAGGCCGCCUCCAGGUUCUGCCCGAUCGGAGCAGUUAAUCCCCACGCAUGAAAACAUGCCGAACGGCGUCCACAACCGAGCAACACCUGGCAGAAGGCCUGCCAUCUGAUCAGAUAAAUAAAAACAAGAACAUGCUCAGGCCAGCCGGUCAAAUUCACAUGCAGCAGGAGAGCGAGCCGUUUUUGACCUGCCACAACAAAAACAUCACGGGUUACAUAAAGAAAACGCAAAGGCUGUUCGCAUAUUAAUCAGUCUCAAUUGUAUGUUUUGGAAGGUGAAUGAUAAUCCUGAGUCAGUGCAUCUUUUGUUGAUGCCAUUUGAAUCAGGAUUUGGAGAACGUUUGCGCUUUGCCUGGAAAGACAAGCAAAGAUGGUUUCUGGUGCCAGAACUUCAAUCUGCAGAGAUGAAAAAAUAUAUAGUUACCAGUGUAAGAGAUGGCUGCGGAAAUAGAGCUUAGCAUAAACGUAAAAAAAUAUAUACACGCAGGCCUCCAUAAAAUUAAAUGCGUCCUCCGUGUGAAGAGAUCAUGUGGUGACCCAAGUUUUAGGUUGAAAGUUGAAAAACAACCAGACGUAUCAUUUUAAGUUUGAUUGUGCUAACUUUCACUUUUAAAUACACUUAAAUAUCCCAGCGGUGUUUCAGCAUCAUGAAAGACUCUUCUUUUUUAAUGAACCAGAAGUUUUAUUUCCCACUGUCUCAGGCUAAACCAGACAAGCAUCUCCGGUUUCAGGUCGGCUCGGACCACCCAAAUCAUUUCUAUUUUCGAAAUGCCACAAAUAAUAAGAGGCGGGUUUCACUGUGGCACAGUUCCAGACGACCACCGUCUCGAACGGACACGUAUUCAUGUCCAGACCUCGGUUUUCUGAGGAGGAAGAAAAAACAGCUCACCGGAGAUUGCGCUGCAAUUUGCUGGCUAUCUGAGACAAUUAUGGCAAUGAUUGCAAGUUAUCUCCUCGUGUUACAAAAUCAAAACGUGUUUCCCGUACAACAACACUCAAAGAGCAUGAUAAGAAAACAACAGUCUAGUGCCUGAAAUGAUCUUUUCUGGUUCUUCUUGUCGGGUGGUGCCACGAGCUGAAACCAGACCCUGGUGUGAACCGUUUGCGUCAAAUGAAGACAAUAUGGGUUCGUCUGAAUCGUCUGCAGAUAAUUAGUUUUUAGCCACAGGACUCUACUCUCCACAGACAGCAUAUGUUGAGUGGAUCCCAAUAAAAACAGGCAGUUGUAGCGUGACAUGCAACAGCAUAUUUUGAUCCCUUGUCGCGUCUCCGACUCUUAUUUCUUCUGUUUCAAACGGAUUCAUUGAGACGAAUAGCCCUGGUUUAUCAUUUCCGACGUGGAAUACAACUGUGAAAGUGUAAUUUUACUGAAUUCAUUUGAAACACCUGUCAUUAAAAUGACUGGUUGUGAUGUAAUCGUCUGCUCACAAUGUCGGAGAAAACGUUUUUUGGGAAUGUUCUUGGACUCCUUCCACGUUUAUUGGCACUCCUGGUACAGAUGCAUUGUCUUUAGUCUACAGCGGGUCAUGAGUCAUCUUUAAAGCUCUUUUCUCUCCGUCUCGCUCCACAAGUUUUCUUUUAAGAUGGUCGUUAGAUCAAGACCCAACAAUAACCCACUUUCCAUUUACUUACAGAGUCCAAGACAAGGUCGCUGUCUUUGCAUUUAAAACUGUAUGAUGCUGUGUCGCUUCAGCUGCUCUUCCAAGUAUCCAUCCUGUUAUUCACAUAAAUAACAGUGUUUGCUGCUGAAAAAGCUCAAAUUAUCAAUCCAUCUGGUUCUGAUCAGCAAGCUCCCUCCCAUGUUCGACUCUGUGAGCCCAGUUUCACUGAGAGGUGUGCGGAUUGAUCCAAAGUAUACAUGAUAUCGAUGUCAAUGUGGUAUCGGUAUUGGUUUGGAACUGGGACGUCAAGAUCGAUACUCUAGUUUCAGAUUCCCGCUUGAAAUGUUUGUUUAUUUUUGUGCCGUAAUUUCUCAAUCGCACCUCUAAAAAUAUUUUAUAUUGAUUUGCUCUCAAAUUAUCCAUUUGGGGGAGGGGGGACAUUUUAUUUAGGAAAAAUGCUCGCAAAAUACAAAAUACAAAACACAAAAAUA